GCGUAUUUUCAUCCAAUAUGUGAUAAAUAUAAAGUGAUUGUAUAAUUAACAAAUUUGUGAAAUAACUUGGAAGAGGACUUUAAAAAUGUGGCAGUAUAUGAAGACAAUUCCUAAUCAACUUUUUCCACAUGGACUUAUCAAAUCCAAACUCUUGCCAAUGGUGCUGUUUUAUUCCAUAUUAGUGGCAUCAGAAGAAUUUCAUAAGUCUGAUAAACCAGACUUUGAAAUUGUUCAUCCAAUCAUAUCAGAUUUCUCAGGAAACCCUGUCUCACAUCAUCAUAUCCAUGGCAACAGAUUCAAAAGAGACUCUUCAAGGACAAACACAUUAUACCUCAAUAUCACAGGUCAAGGUCACACAUUUGAAAUGCAGCUGACUGAAAAUCGUAACCUCUUAGCACCAGGAUUUAAAGUUUAUCACAGGAAAAAGAGCAAGCAUUCCAAAGAUGCCAUGGAGACUGCAGAACCUAAAGACGACCAUCUUCCUGCAGCAAAUUGUCAGUACUCAGGAAAAGUGCAUUCUCAUGGAGGAAGAGCUGCUCUGUCUUUAUGUAAUGGCUUGAAUGGUAUCAUAAGGAUUGCUGAAGAGGACUACAUUAUAGAACCAUACAAACAGCACAGGGUUAGGCCAACGUUUGAUCCCCUCACCGGCCCACACAAACUGUACAGAAGAUCCACACUGACAGUCAGACAGACACAGUACUGUGGAAAGCCUGUCAGAGAUAAGAGAAGUACAUCUGUAGUCAAAAGUGAUGAUGACUUCAAGGUGUUGGGGGAAAACUUGACGAAGUCUGAUGAGGGGGAGGAGCCACUGUGGAGGAAGUACCAGAGAGCCAUAACAGAACAUGAGGAGCGGAUCGUGGAAACUUUGGUGGUGGUGGAUAAGAUUAUGUACUACAAACACGGCAAAGACAAUAUUACAACUUUCACUCUAACUCUUUUCAAUAUGGUAUCCGAGCUUUUCACUGAUCCAAGUCUCGGAGAUAACCUGAAUAUCGUUCUAGUUGGACUAGUCGUGUUGGAGGGAGAUGAGCCUGGGUUGUCUAUAGGAUACCAUGCUGAUAAUACCCUGAACAGCUUCUGUUCGUGGCAGUCUGUGUUAGUGGGAGCCAGUGGUAGACAACAUGACCAUGCCAUUCUCCUGACAGGACUGGACCUCUGCUCUUAUAAAAAUGCCCCCUGUGAUACACUUGGUUUUGCUCCCAUAGAGGGUAUGUGCAAUAGAAUUCGAAGCUGCACUAUCAAUGAGGACACAGGACUCUCAACAGCAUUCACCAUUGCUCAUGAAAUGGGUCAUAAUUUUGGAAUGUUCCAUGAUGGUGAGGGUAACCACUGUACUAAGACAACAGGAACCCUGAUGUCCCCCACACUGGUCAGUAAAGAUGGACAGUUCCAUUGGUCACUCUGCAGUAAAACUUACCUGAUGAAGUUCAUGAAUACUCCACAAGCAGAGUGUCUGACAGACAAACCUACAAAAGUUGCAGAGCUACAGUUCCCUGAGAAGCUUCCUGGAGAACUCUAUGAUGCUGACGUUCAGUGUAAAUGGCAGUUUGGGAGGCGGGCCCAGCUCUGUACAUUAGACUUUGGUAAAGAUAUAUGUAAGUCUCUAUGGUGCUUUAGAGGGAGGAAGAGAUGUGAGACAAAGUUCUUACCAGCAGCAGAGGGUACCUCCUGUGGUUAUGGAAAGUGGUGUAGAAGAGGAGAAUGUGUGGAAUUUGGUCAGGAUGGACCCUCUCCAAUAGAUGGUAGCUGGUCACAGUGGACACACUGGACAGACUGUAGUCGAACCUGUGGGGGAGGGGUCACCAUGAGGGAGAGGCAGUGCAAUAAACCACUACCACAAUAUGGAGGAAAAAACUGUGAUGGAGAAGCCAAAGUUCAUAAGUUGUGCAACUCAAAGCCUUGUCCAGAGGGUGAAAUAGAUUUUCACAACAAACAGUGUCAAUCCUAUAAUGAGAAGCCAUUCAGGGGAUGGCUGUUAGACUGGAGGCCUCAUCAGAAGAUGUAUAAUGCACAGGAACCCUGUAUUUUAUAUUGUUUAGCAGAGACCAGUAGUUAUGUAUUCACAAUAAAACAUACAGCCACAGAUGGAAUGAAGUGUAUCGGAGAUAAAGAAAUCUGUGUGGAAGGAGCAUGUCAACCAAUAGGAUGUGAUAUGAUCGUGGGCUCAACUGCAGAAAAUGAUAUCUGUGGAGUGUGUAAGGGGGAUAACUCUUCUUGUAGAAUUAUUCAGGGUGAAUAUUCUGAGCAGCCCAAACUUAAUACUUACUUUCCUGUGGCCAUAAUACCCAAAUCAGCCAGGUCAAUUAAAAUCUCUGAGAAGAACCUGUCCUCUAACUACCUGGCGGUCAGGGAUAUUUUUGGUCAGUACUACCUGAAUGGGCAUCAGCGCGUGGCCUGGCCGGGGGAGUAUUUACUGGGUGGAGCAAAGUUUAUCUAUAAAAGACCCUACAAUGAGCCAGAGACCCUGGAGAGCAUUGGCCCAUUGAGAGAAGACCUGGUUCUUGAAAUACUUGUGCAGGAUGAAAACCCAGGGGUACAGUAUAAAUAUGCCAUCCCUCAUCAGAUCUCACAGCUGAGGAGCCACGCCCCUGUAGAUAAUUACACCUGGAGUAUCUCAGCCUCUUCUUGUUCUGAACCAUGUGCAGGAGGUAAAAAGAAUGUCAGUGCCAAGUGUCUGAAAAAUCAUUAUAAAGAAGUAAACGAGUCUCUGUGUGACCAAAGCAAAAAACCAGCAACUGGAUUAGUUCCUUGUAACGAGAAACCAUGUCCUCCAAGGUGGGUCCCAGAGGAAUGGAAUUCUUGCUCCAAAACUUGUGGGAGGGGAAAACAGAGGAGGAAAAUCUUUUGUCGGAAAAGAGUCACAAAAACCCGUGAUAAAAGAGUCAAGAAAUCAAACUGUAAGAGUUUGCCUAAGCCUGUCCGGACGCGACGGUGUAACUUACAGGAAUGUCCCCCAGUCUGGAGGGUGGGCAAAUGGCACAAGUGUUCAGUCAGUUGUGGCACUGGUACACAGGCCAGGAAAGUUUUCUGCAAAAGUAAAGGCAAGAAGGCUAAGAAGCAGGCUGACCACAUGUGUAGUGGACACAAGCCUCCAAGUGUUCGUCCCUGUAAACGGUCACUAUGUCCACAGGACACCAUCUUUGAAUGGCAUUUAUCUCCAUGGGGACCAUGCUCCCAAUCUUGUGGGCCAGGAGUUAGACAGAGGUACCUCGUGUGUAAGAGAGUGGAUUAUCGCGGAAACACCAUCGCCACUCGGGAUAAAUACUGCAAGAAGUCCAGUCGUCCAAGAGUGCCAACAGAAGAUUCCUGUAAACUGAUGGUCUGUCCUCACAAAGUCAUCAACAGGCCAAAAUGGAGGGUGUCACCCUGGUCACAGUGUUCAGCAUCCUGUGGAGAGGGACAGAAGAGUCGAGAUAUAAAAUGUGUAGAUGAUUCCGGACAACAGACGCUAGGAUGUGACCUUGACAACCGUCCAGCUACCUCACAACUCUGUAAAAACGGUGCUUGUCCAACUAAUAGCAGUGACUAUGCAGACUGCCUUGACAGAUACACAUGGUGUCACUUAGUACCUGAACACAAAGUCUGUGACCACGAAUUCUACGGCACACAUUGUUGUCUAUCAUGCAAAACCCAUCGGUGACAUCUACUGCUGCAGUAAUUAAGGUGCACCAAUCCUCUCACUGUGAUAAACCCUUUCACAUGCUAUAUCCCUGUGGUGACUCAGAACCCAGUGUUUCUCCCUCAAAGCCAAAGUUCUUCCACAAUCUGCAAAGUUAAUCUCCAUGCUUUUAUUUAUACAAAUGCAUGGAAACAGUGAAACAUGCAGAAAUUUCAACAUAUAGAGCACUAGGAAAAUGAAAGGUGAUCUCCAUUUGGAAAUUCUAUUGUACAGCUGAAAUGUAUUCCAUGACAAGAAAGACAACUCCAUAGUAGAGUGUAAUAUUCCUGGAGGCUACAGACACUUUUGUGCUUUAGCAGUAUAUGAAUAGGACAGUUGAAUACAUUUCAGAGACAUAUACGAUGCAUAAACAUUCCAUUAUUUCAUCUAAAUUUAUCAGAGUUGUACUUUGUAUUUUGUCAACCAUUCCUCAAUGUUUGCAAUAUUAUAGGUUCUCAGUGAUAUCAUGCGAGAGUCCUUGUAAUUCAAGUUACCUUUUUCCACGAGUAUUAAUCAUUCCCUAUUUCAUUCCAAUUUAUUUGUUUUGAUACUUAUUGCCAUUCAUCAAUUAUCAUUCCAUAUUUUUUUUAUUUAUUAAAUAUAAAGUAUUUCCAUUCUUUGUUCACAAACAUAAUUGUUACAUACAUAUCAUAUUUGUUAAGAUCAUUCACAGCAAACUAUUCCCUAUGUACAGCCCUUGACAUUCAGUAUAAGGGCUUUUUUUUGUUUUGUUUUUAAAAUUCAAAAGAUAUUUGCAAUGUAGUCAGUGCUGCGCAUACAUGUACAUAUAUAUAUAUAUAUUUUUUUUUUUUUUCAAUUUUGUCAAGGUUGUCUUUGCUGCUAAGGUAUUGAAUUUGAAUAGUUAUAAUAACUCAGCAUUAUAAAUGGUCCUGUUUUUAAGCUGAUAUACACAGAUAUUGUUAUUUAUUUGUUUCACAAUUUGUUCUACUGUACAACCUACAAUAUUUUAAUUUUAUAUCAAAUACUAGUAUUUUGAAU